AUGAUGAACACACGGAUGCUCUCCAAGGAAGAUGAGGGAAUGGGCGGCAGCGAGGAGAACGAGGUCCGUCGCGAGGAUCAAGAAAAGAUCAACCGGUUCAGUCGGUUGCAUCAGCGUGAGACCGUGCUCGAGGACCAGUUGAAGGCCAAGCAGAAGGAUAAGGAGGAUCUGGAAGAAGUCUCCAUGGAGCUUGAACUCGCCGAUGAAGACGAGCUUGUCCCCUACAAGAUCGGUGACUCCUUCUUCCAGCUUCCGCUGGCGGACGCGCAGUCCAUGCUCACCACGUCCACGGAGCAGAUCGACCAAGACGUGUCGAAGCUGGAGGAGUCGAUCGGCGAGCUCCGGGAGGAGCUGCAACAGCUCAAGGUGUCUCUGUAUGCGCGGUUUGGACGCAGCAUUAACCUGGAGACCUAA